AUGACUAUCGCAGUUCGAAACGGUUUCGACCUCGACCAUGCGAAACAGGCAUAUCAAUUGGAGUCGCGCGGCAAGUCUGUCGAAUGGGACGAUAAGUUCAUAGACGAGUUGAAGCGUGGCCUUCUCGCUUGCCGUGUCAUCUUCUCCUUCGCCUUUUUCUAUCUCGCGAUCACUCAGAUGUUCAAUAACCUCAUCUCACAGGCUGGUCAGAUGCAGCUCCACGGUGUGCCGAAUGACAUGCUUCAGGCCAUGGCCGGCGUGGCUUGCGUUGUCUUCGGCCCCGUUAUCCAAGUCUUAUACAACUUCCUCGCCAAGCGACGCAUCUCUUUCAGGCCCAUGGCCCGUAUAACGACCGCUUUUCUGGUGUGUGGGGGCGGCAUGGCCUACGCCGCCGGCCUCCAACAGAUCAUCUAUAACGCGGGCCCCUGCUACGAAACUCCUCGCGCCUGUGCCGCCUCCAAUGGUGGCCGGUUGCCCAACGAGGUGAACGUCUGGGCCCAAUUACCGGUCUACGUGGCUCUAGCAGUUGCUGAGAUCUUCGGGCUGGUCACUGCAAGCGAGUACGCAUACUCCAAGGCGCCCAAGGAUAUGAGGAGUAUUGUGCAAGCCAUGGUGCAGCUAAGCGCCUGUCUUGGGUCUCUGAUGGCCAUGGCCCUCAGUCCUGCAGCAAGGGAUCCUAAUUUAGUCAUCGUUUACGCCUCAAUUGCGGGUGCUAUGGCGAUAUGCUCAGCACUUUUCUGGUGGAAGUUUCGCAAGUAUGACAGGCUGGAUCGCGAGUUGAAUAAGCUGGACCGGGAGGAUUAG